AUCACUUUACAGGGAUGGAUCCAGCUGGAGAGCUUUUACGCGGCGCAUUUCCCGGAGCGUCUCCUCAGAUACAGAAAAAAUAAGCGGUCUCUGUUCUGAGUGAACAAUGAAGUACGGACUGGUUGUGCUCUCGGCUGGCUUUACUGGUUUACUCAGCUUCGCAUUCCUUGCUGUGGCCAUCGGAACUGAUUACUGGUACAUUAUCGAUGUAAAUAAGCCCAACCACACGGGGCCAAAUGACCUGAGUUCACACUCUGGAUUGUGGAGAAUCAUUGAAGGUGCAAAUAGGAGUUCAGUCAUCCCCUCUUUUACAGCAAAUAUGUCCAGCCUGUCAGAGACUGAAAGGCACCUUCUCAACUUGCACAAGGUAGUGGUCAUCUUGCUGCCUCUCAGCCUGGUACUGCUGGUGUUCGGAUGGAUCUUCGGACUGGUCAGCUCAUUGGCCUGCAGUCCCAGGCUGCUGGCUGCAUCGGCUUCCUAUGUUUUCCUCUGCAGUGUUUUCACGCUGUCAGGGGUCAGCAUCUACAUCAAAUACUCUAAUAAGGCCAUGGAGGAGUUCCAACGGAUUGUCCCCCCUGAAAAUCUUGUCUUUGUGCACGUCUCCUUUGGCUGGUCGUUAGCCUUGGCAUGGCUCUCCUACAGCCUGGAGGUAGCAACAGGUCUGCUGCUGUUGCUGGCUGCCAGGAUAACUCAAAUAAAAGGGCAUUAUGAUUCUGGGGUUGCCAUAGCUAUGUUGUAGUGAAACUAUACACUCAUAUUUUUUAGGGUAGUUUUUUUAGCUGUUGUUGUUUUGUUUCUUAAUAGCUUACCAGCUUGUAAGAAACCAAAACAUCAAGAGCCAAAAACCACAGAAUGUACUGAAGGUAACUUUCAUAGGCACGCACAGAAGCUGACAUUAAAUCACAUUACUGAACUGCUUUCAUUUUUUCAAAAUUAAAAUGUGUCUAUACUGAGUCUGCUUAACAUUGUGUUUAUAAAAACAGGAAGAAAAAAAUAUUAGAUAUUUGUUCUUGAAUGUAUUUAUGCUGUAGCUUUCAGCCUGGUUGCCACUUAAUUGAAUGUUGUAUUUUUCUUAAGAGUUAUAUAAGUUUCAGGAGGUCAAACAGGUCAAGAGUCAAAACCAGAAGAUGUAGUGCAAGCUGGCUCUAGCAGAUGCACAAACAAGUUAACAUUAAAUUACUUUUCUUGGCCACUUGUAUUUUCUUUCUGUCAACUGACUUUGCCUAAAGUGAUGUUCUGAGUGGCUGUGUAAAAUGGAAAAGGCAACCUAGCCAUGCUGAUUAUUGCAGAGUAGCAUUAUUUUUUCCAUGUUUGUUCAAAUCUUCCACUCCUUGGAAGAUUCAUUGCUGUUCCAUCUUUUCUCCCACUGUGGAUAAUCAGCUUCACUGUAGUUUAAUUGAGCCCCAAAGCCUUAGAAAUGGCUUUGUAACCCUUUAAGAAGCUUUGAGUUUUAAGAUGCCUAUUUGCCCAUUUCACAUUGCCUGAAUUU